CAAAUCGGUGUCUUUCUCGCUGGCCUUGGGGCUGAUAUUGAUGCCAUCCUACGAAUACCUUCCAUUACUGAACAUUCGGCUGAUCGGUUUUUGUCUGCUUCGUAUGAUAACUUGUCUGCUUCCUCUGCUGCUACCUUGAUCAAUGAUGUUGGCAUGGCUGGGAGCGAAGGGCCUCAGUCUGAUAUUGUCUCGGCAUUUAGUCGCGUACAAAUCUUGCAGACUCAAGCUGCCUAUUUUGCAGCCUCAUUUGCAAGGAUCGGCUGCGAUUUUCGACCUCAUCUAUCUGACUUAUUUGCAAGCGCAAUACUUAGGACGGUUCAGGUGGAAACAUAA